AUGGAUAAUGACACCCAGUUGCCACUCUCAAACACCUUCUCCAAUCCGAGUCUUCCAGAGAUUGCAGCUGAUAUGGAAGUGUUCGGACAGUCCCAAGUUGAUGUUGUGACCGUACAAUUGGCAGAGGAACAGGUUACGCUCGGCGAUCCGGAAAAGCCUCACCCUAAAUCACCUUGGACGUCUUCUUACUCGGUGACUGUACAAGGCAACGUUGCUCAGAUCAAUGAGGGACUCGAUGACUUGGAACAGCUUCCUCCGAGUGCCGCCCAGUCUGUUGCAGCGGAAGGAGUUGAAGAUCAACCUAUUCUGUUUACAGAAGAGGCUCUCAUUUCUAGCGAGGCAUUCAGUUCUACUACAGUUGUUGCAGACACGCAUGCUACGCUUUCAGAAACGCUAGACGAGUUUGUGGAGUCAGAUGUUCCUGAUUCUGCUGUCGAAGCAGAGGCUGUCCAGGAUGUCGCUUCGGGGCUAAGGGUCGCUCAAGCAGAACCUUCGGUACUGAAUCCACCUGAGCCAGCUCCUGUGGAGGAAGUGCCCGAGGAGGAAAUUGAACGUGGGUCAUCGUCGAGGACGAGAUUUUGUCGCGCUAAGUACUUUCAACAGCAAUUGGGUACUACCGACCCUGACGAAGAACGCAGUAGUUCUCCCUGGACGCCGUCCUACUCAGUAUCUGCACUUGAACCAGCAUCUGCGCUUGAGGAUCAAGCGGUCGCUAAAGAAGGCGAGUUUGUUGAACAUGUUCCAUUUAUCAUUGAGACCCAAUCACCUGAUUUGGUAGAAGACGGUCGGGUCGAAUCGGACUCGGGGCUUCUGACACCCAUCGAUGAGCCAGUUGGAGAAAGACCUUCGCGGCGGAGACAUCUGCCGAGGUUCUUAACGUGGUGCAGCAAGUUGGUCGAUGAUAUGGAACCAGAGGCACCAGUUCUGCACGCCAGUGACUCUGAUAAGCACAACACCACUCUUAUCCAUGACUCUGAGACUCUCCCCAAUGGCCAUCACAAGUAUCUUUUCGUUGACGGGUCCGAGCAACUUACAACUUUCACAAUCGCCCCGUGCGACAAGCCUGCGAGUGUCGCAGAGCUCGUCCAAGAGGACGCGAAUGAAGUUUCCGAUACCAUCAGUUUAGAGAUACGCAAGGACGAAUUGCCAAUCACUGACAACACUGAGCCGAAAAUACCCUUUGUCGAUGUUGCCACAAUCGUUGUGGAUGCUUCUAAAGCCUCUUUAGCUGAUGGAGAGCCUCCUAUCGAUGCUAGCACCGGCCCUGACGCGUCCCUAUCAGACGCUAUUGCAACUUCCAUAAACGGCGUCGGGAGCACUGCUGACGCAGAGCCUUCUCACUGUCCGGACGAGACGCCCAUAUCUGAUCCGAGUACUGAAAUGAGCCCCACUGCUGAUUUCCUGGAAGAAAUUGUUCUCCCGCCCGCUGUUGACACAGAGGAAUUAACCAUCAUGGCCACGGAACAUGAACCAGCUGUUGUAAAGGAGCUGAUUGAAGCAGAAGCAAGCCCAACGGAAGUGGAGGUUUCGUCCGUCGGAACAGAACCCGCAGUCACCGAGACCGUGGCUCCAGCGUCCAUUGAAGCUGUAGCAGAGACCGCUCCCGAAGGCGAAAACAUACUGGUCGAACAGGAAUCUGUGCAAGUCGAAGCAGAACCCGUGCCGGUUGAAAGUCAAUCUUCUACAGCCGAGCUUGAGAUUAUGCCAACGACGUUUGAAGCUGCACCAAUCGAAUAA